AUCAAUUUUCUUAAGAGAACAUCGAGGUAUUCACAUCGUUGCCAAGAGGCUUACUAUUAUUUUUGGCUGAUCAAAGUUUUUUUUUUUUUCUUUCUCUUAACUCCUUGUUUAAGAUUUGGCUUGUCAAAUGUGCUCAUAUCUAUAUCAUCUUGUCUCAUGACACCAUCUUCCGCUUCCAUUAAGAAUUGUCCCCUAAAUAAUGGCAUACUGUACAUGCAAUUCUUCUUAACCACCCUCCACCACUCCCUCCCUCCCUACCUUUGCUCUUCCUCAGCUACCUCCUCUCCUUCGAAGCGCCGGCCUUCCAUCCCCAAUGACUUCCCGUCGCCUCUCUUCACCUUCCCUUUCCGCCUCCGCCUCCCACCGCCACCACGUCCUACAUCUCGCAGUCGCUAUCUCCGCCUCCUCCCUGCUACUCCUCGUCCUCGUCCUCCUCGUCCUCUUCUACUUCUACCUCUCCCUUCGUCGCUCCCCCACCCUCCCCUUACCCUCCAACACCUCCCCCGCCACCGCCGCCAAUCCCCUCCGCCUCCGCCGCUUCUCCUACCGCGCCCUCCGCUCCGCCACCGCCUCCUUCGACCCCUCCCGGUCCCUGGGCCGCGGCGCCUCCGCCGCCGUCUUCCGCGGCGUUCUACCCGACGGCAAGUCCGUCGCCGUCAAGCGUCUCCUCUCCUCCUCCGCCUCCUGUCCUUCCUCCCCCACCCGCGCCGCCUCUUCCGACCGCGAGUUCCACAACGAGCUCCACGUCCUCGCCACCCUCCUACCCUCCCCCUUCGUCGUCUCCCUCCUCGGCUACUGCCUCGAGGGCCGCCGCCGCCGCCUCCUCGUCUACGAGUACAUGCCCAACGGGAGCCUCCAGGAAGCCCUCUUCGGGUCCAGCUCCCCUCUCAACUGGGACCGCCGCUUCUCCAUCAUCCUCGACGUCGCCCAAGCUCUCGCCUUCCUCCACCUCCAGUGCGAUCCCCCGGUCGUCCACGGUGACAUCAAGCCCAGCAAUGUGCUCCUCGGCUUCGAUUUCCAGGCCAAGAUUUCCGAUUUUGGUCUCUCCCAGAUGAAGGUCGACGCCAAUCUCGGCGCCGAUUUCUUCAGCCAAGAUCUCGGUCAGAGCCAGGAGCUGUUCAAGAGCCAGGAGGACCUCGCUCCGGAGAGCCCACAGGUAGACUUCGCCCUCGCCCUCCGUGCUUCUUCAUCGAUUCCGUGCAAGAAGCAACCGACUCCCAGGGGGAAGGAAACAGUGGCAGUCGCCUCCCCCGUCCAAGACGAGACUUUUAGCUUUGAACACAGUAAGGAAUCGAGAGCGGAUCCUCCGCUGGAUGAAGGAAGGACGGAGUCGAGCGAUCAAUUGGGGAAGCGUUGGUGGUGGAAGCAGGACGGAAGCGGAGAAUUGAGCAGCAAAGACUACGUCAGAGAGUGGAUCGGGAGCCAAAUUUGCCCCUCGAGCAACUCCGACUGGGACGACGGCCGGAGGACUCCCCCCGAGAAGUGCUUCGAUUUCAGGAACUCGAGUCGCGUGGAGCAUUCGGAUGUUGGAGAUGAAAGCCUCUUCGGCGGUUCCCACGAGAGGAAUCCGGAGAAGAAACAGGGGAGGAAGAAAGGCGUGCUCCCCUGCGACAGGAAGAUGAGGGAAUGGUGGAAGGAGGAGUACUUGGCAGAAAUGAGCAAGAAGGGACAUUGCCAGAAAGAGCGGAAGUGGCUCCGAACGAUCAGUGAUCUCGGCGAUGAUGCUAAUAAGCAUGGCCGAGACUUGACCGCGGAUGCAGGCUUCAGAAAGGGAUGGAGGAAGAAGAGGAGUCAGUCAGUGGGCAGCGACAUGUUCAGCGGUGAUCUGCUCAGUAGGGAGCUGAGCAGCACGACGAGCAUGAGAGGCACGGUGUGCUACGUCGCUCCAGAGUGCCAUGGCUGUGAUCAGCUGAUGGAGAAGGCCGAUAUAUACAGCUUCGGGGUUCUGAUCCUUGUCAUCGUCUCCGGGAGGAGGCCGCUGCACGUGCUGCCGUCGCCGGCGAAGCCAGAGAAGGCGAGCUUGGUGAGCUGGUGCAGGCGGUUGCUUCAAACCGGCAAUCUCCUGGAGCUCGUGGAUGAGAGGUUGACGGAUGCAUAUGACAAGGAACAGGCGAGCCUUUGCAUCAACCUGGCUCUCUUGUGCUUGCAGAGGAUUCCGGAGCUGCGGCCGGACGGUGGCGACGUCGUCAGAAUUCUCAAGGGGGAGAUGGAACUUCCGGCUGUGCCAUGCGAGUUUUCUCCUUCCCCUCCUGCGAAACACCAUGGCAGGUCAAGAAGAAAAGCUUCCAUGGAUGAAGAGUAGAGAGCAUCUACUGUAGCCUCAACAGUCGAAGAAAUGAAACAUACGACCCAUAGGUGAGUUAAAAGAUUAACCUGAGCUUCUUGCUGUUGUGUAGAUAAUGAUUUCUUUCCUUCCUUCUGAUUGAAAAGAUGUGUGAUUGAUUGCUUUCUGCCGAUUUCUCUUGCGCAUGAAUGCAUGCAUGCAAUUUUUGGUCCUCAUACCCAAAUCAAAAAGAAUGUUGUGUUAGAAAACAUCUUAAUUGUAGUGUUGUUCUCAGA